CUCUCCUAUUGGUCGGGAAAAGCUGUCAGUCAGCGUUCUAACUCGCCUUGUCCACAUCAUGGCGACUCGCCGACGCAACGUAGAGUCAAGCAUGUCAAGCCAGGCUGCUACCCAAGCAGAGCCCCUGAUCCCUCAGGCCAUCCCUCCUUACCUCGACAUCAACGACUCUCCGCCCCCAUCUCCGCCUCCACCCUCUGCCCAAAGACCCACCUGGGCCAACACAACCCCAUCCUGGAUACCCAUUGCAGCAGCCAGUGGAGCCUGCGCAGCUUUCAAUGGCGUCUUCGCAAAGCUGUUUGUUCCCACCUACUUCCCAACCCUCUCAAUCGCCACCACUGAUGCUCUUGAACUAGAACAACAACCUCCCUGA